UGACGACAGCUCAAGCUCCGACCUGUGCAGGCACACUCAACUACAACCUUGAAUCCCCAUUUGCCAUCACCAGCAGCAUUUCUGCAUAGUUGCUCACGAUUUAACGACCGAAUUGCACCAUUACAUACGAAAUAGGCGUCAGGAUAUCAUUAGAAUAGAUCGCCAAGAUGGUUCUCGAGGCGGUAAUGGUCGUUGUGGACAACAGCGAGAGCAGCCGAAAUGGAGACUACCAGCCCACAAGAUUCGACUCCCAAGUUGAUGCUGUCAAUGUCUUGUUCCAGAGCAUUACACAGGGAAACCCCGAAUCCUCUGUUGGCCUCAUGAGCAUGGGUGGCAAGGGACCAGAGGUUCUCGUCACGCUGACAACAGAGCAAGGCAAGAUCCUUGAGGGUCUGCACAGAACAAAGAAGAAGAUUGGCGGCUCGUCUCACUUGAAGACUGGCAUCCAGGUUGCUACUCUUGCUCUCAAGCACCGUCAGAACCGAUCACAGCGACAAAGAAUAGUCGUGUUUAUCUGCUCACCGAUCGAGGAAAGCGAAAAGGAACUUGUCACCCUGGCUAAGAAGAUGAAGAAGGGAAACAUUAUUGUUGAUUUCGUCCUGUUCGGAGAGCUUGAUGACGAUGCGACACAAAAGAAGCUUGAGGUGUUCAACGAAGCCGUCAAGGGCAACGAAGGCUCUCACUUUGUUGUCAUCCCUCCUAGUAGCAAGCUUCUGAGCGACCAGCUUAUUGCGACCCCAAUUCUUCUCGGAGAAGGAGCCUCUGGCGCCGGCGCCGGUAUGGGUGGCGGCGAUGAAGAGUUCGAAUUUGGAUUUGACCCCGCUAUGGAGCCCGAACUGGCGCUCGCUCUGCGCAUGAGUAUGGAGGAAGAGAAGGCAAGACAGGAAAAGCGCGCUCGCGAAGAGCAGGAAGCAGCUACUAAAGCAUCAUUGGAGGGCAUUGCAGAAGAGGGAGAGUCGAGCAAAAAGGACGACAAGAAGAAGGGUGACGACGUGGACAUGUCCUGAGGCUAUGAUAUUUGGCCAAUUUGGCAUUGUAAAAUAGACAUCAAGACACGUCUUAGAAUGAAACAAAGAAAUUAAACACUACAGAAGAGCCAGGUUGUCAAUGUUUUGUAUGGGGAAUCUUUGUGAGUUUUGAUUUGGAUUCUAUCGACUAUUUAUCUCGCGUAUGUACGAUGAGAGUUUGCGUUCAAACAUAUCACAUCUGAUGGGCAUAUCGAGCGAAUAAAACGGAUUCUUCAUAACAUAAUCCGCAUAUAAGUCAUAUAUCUUUCUGAUUGUAACGUCGACAUUCGUCUGUGUCGUGUCUGUAAAGAGGAGGAACUUGGUGCCGGUCAUGGUGUUGAAGCAUUGCAUUCGGAAGUUUUCAGUUUCCAGCACUUCCAAGCCGGACGAUGGU